AUGUUUUUAUCUACUCCAGUUCUCACAGCAUAUAGACCGUGCGUGUUAAUAUGGAGGGUGACACAGCUCCGUUUCCAGUCGGAACAGUACUGCACUCUGGAGGCCACUAGAAGAACUGGGAGAGUCCCGUGGUGACGUCAGAGAGCCGGUAGUGAGUCAGGGUUGUCAUGUGAAUUUUGUGACAGGUUGGGGGUAACAGUGCGCCAGAAAGUCUUGUUGAUAGGGUUACGGUAGCUGCCCAUCGUCGGUCAUUUUAUUUUUAGUACUUACCAAAAAAAGGUUUUAGUUUUAAUAUGUCCACCAUGGCUUCGCUAUUCAAGAAAAAGACAGUCGACGAUGUUAUAAAGGAACAGACCAAGGAGCUGCGUGGUACUCAGAGACAGAUUACCAGAGACAGAGCUGCUCUGGAGAAGCAGGAGAAACAAAUGGCUCUUCACAACAAACACAUAAACAUGGAGAUGCGAGGCUGCAGCAUUUCCCGGGAGACCCGAACAGCCGUGUGAGAUCACUCAGGGCCAGAGGCUGUUUUCACGUGUUUACUCAAGCUAAGAGGGGCUGCUAACUUUCAGGAGAUGGAGAUUAAGAAGAUGGCUAAGUCUGGGAACAGGGAAGCAUGUAAGAUCCUGGCAAAGCAACUGGUCCAGCUGAGGAAGCAGAAGAACAGGACCUAUGCUGUCAGUUCAAAGGUCACCUCCAUGUCCACGCAGACCAAGGUCAUGAACUCCCAGAUGAAGAUGGCUGGAGCCAUGUCUGCCACGGCUAAAACGAUGCAGACAGUGAAUAAGAAGAUGGAUCCGCAGAAGACCCUCAAGACCAUGCAGGACUUCCAGAGGGAGAACAUGAAGAUGGGCAUGACAGAAGACAUGAUCAACGAUACUUUAGAUGAGAUUUUUGACGAGUCAGGUGAUGAAGAAGAAUCUCAGGACAUUGUAAACCAGGUUCUGGAUGAGAUUGGCAUUGAGAUCUCAGGAAAGAUGGUGAGAGCCCCGGCAGCAGGGAAAAGUACCCCGACUGCCUCUCCUAAGCGGAAAACCCAGAUCUCUGAUGACGAGAUAGAGAGACAACUUCGAGCCCUGGGAGUGGACUAACACACCACACACCAUGAUUUACCCCUGAACUAGCAGUCCAGAGGCCACGAUUUAGGCCUGUACUAGCAGUCCAUGUGUCUGUGACUAGCCAACUGAGGGUGGUUAUAAAUAUCUAAUGAGUCAAUGAAGGAAGAAUGCACUGUAUUUUCAUGACAUUUUGCGUAUGGUCCUCAGACAGCCAUUCCUAUGGGAAGAUGAUGAACUAAUGAAGAUUUUUUUCUGCUCUCUGAUCAUCUGUAGGUACAGUGCUAUAGACAUUGAUGUCAUAGACUGCUGACAAUGUGCCUGUUUAAUACCACUGACAUUAACUCUAGGAGUACUGACAGUACUAACCCCUGAGAAUAGGGUAAGGGUUUGACUUUUUCACUGCUAACCGUUUUGCAUGAGAAUCCAUGGAAUCAGCUGGUCAACACAAGACCCCAGUUAUGUACAUAGAAUAAUGGGAUGGAAUAAUCUAGUGCUAAUUCAAACUGAGAACAGUUAUUUUAAUGGCUUGUUUGGUACUACUUUUGGUACGAAUUGUGUUGUAAUCUGAAGAUAUAGUGGAUGUGUUAGUAAUCUCAUUUCUUUCUGAUGUGGGAGGGAACUAUCUGAGUACAUCCUCAUUUCUCACAAUUUACCCUGGCUGCUGUGCAGUUUCCAUACAUGUUGUUUAAAACACACACACUCUUGGACUUGGAUCGACGAGAAGACGUGAAUAAGACACUCAACUGGUUUUGUUUUCCUGACUGUGAUUCUGUGUCUCUGUCCUCCAUGCUGUAAAACCAGGUUAGGAGAUGUCACAUAUUCAGCUGAACAGCAUGUAAUACACCCGACCAUGUUGUCAUGGAUCUAUCAUUGUUUUCUGCUGUUGAAUAAUAUAUAAUGUUUAAAUGAUUGUUGAUGGAAUGCAUGACUUGGAGAACUGACCCAGUAUUGUUUCAUUGGUUUUUGUAAUGAGGGAGAACGAGGUGUUCCUUGAAAAUAUUCCAGAGAGGAAUAACAAAUAUCGAUUUGUCUUACCUUUAUCCACCGUAUCCAACUAUUGUCUCCUUUGUCUACGUACAGUUCUACUAUUUAGAGUUGAUUAUGACUUUUAUAAUGAAUAAAAUCUCUCUGUCCGA